AUGGAAGCCUUGAAGGUUAUGAACACUCGGCUGGAACAGUUACUAAGGGCCCAACAGAAGGGCACCGUGUCAGUUGAUUCCUCUCCAAGUUCUCCAGGAUCCCCUCCUCCUAAGGAACUGGGCUUUCCUCAAUCCAAAGAGGAGCCUAAGUCAGAGAAAUACGAAAAGAAACGACGGCGUACCCCACCAGAUGUCACAUUUGCUGACAUGUCGCUUGCUGCAGUUCCCUCCAAGUCAUCACCAAUUCGUCAACGAACGACGCCACGAGUAACAAUCGCUGAAGAACCGAACGUCAUGGCGCCUUCUAUAGUCUUUGAUCUUGUCGAUCAAAAUGGAGGGACUGCAAAGAAAAAUGAAGAGCCGACGCAGCGUUCGAGGCAUAUGCCGACGGAAAAUGUGGACGAGAAAGAUUGUCAUACAACAGUUUCGAGAGAAUCCUUGUGA